AUGGUCAAAGUUUUACUUGCUCUUACAUCUGAAGAUCCCGUUUUUUAUCCUGAUGGUAAGAAAACCGGGGUUUUUACUAUCGAAGCGUUACAUCCAUUUGAAGAGUUCAAAAAGAAAGGCUACGAGGUUCAAUUUGCUUCUGAAACUGGCUCUUUCGGUUAUGACGAUUACGGAAUAAGCCCUGAUUUUUUGAAUGGGGAAAAUAGAAAGAUAUUUGAAGAUCCUAAUUCUGAUUACAACCAGGCAUUGAAGAAGACUAAAAAGGCUUCCGAUCUCGAUCCAAAUGAUUAUGAUAUUUUUUUUGCAAGUGCUGGCCAUGGUACUUUAUUUGAUUAUCCAAAGUCAAAAAGCUUACAAUUAAUCGCCUCGACUGUUUAUGAUAAAGGUGGGAUUGUUGCUGCAGUGUGUCACGGACCAAUUAUUUUUGACAAUAUGAAAAACUUGAAAACAGGUGAACCAUUGAUCAAAGGCAAGAAAAUCACCGGGUUUACCGAUAUUGGUGAAGAAAUCUUGGGGUGUUGCAGAUAUAAAUGA